AUGGGUGACGCGCCCUUACCGAGCACGAGCGCCGGACGGCCUAAGGUCGCCGUGAUCGGUUCUGGUCUCGCGGGACUUACAACAGCGUACCUCCUGUCUGAGGCGGGACUCGAGGUCUGGCUCGUUGAGAAGGCGCCCCGUUUGGGCUUCUACUCGCACAGCGUCGAGCUCGACGCCGAGCCCGAAGACCCCUCGCUCUCACCUGUCUCCACCACCUCGUCUACACUCGCCCCGGCUCUUCCCAUUGAGCGCCGCACAUCUUCCACGUCCUCUGGCCGUCUCUCGCCCGUUCCGCCAUCCGAGCCCAUGGUCCGACGCAGCUCGGCAACCUCCUCUGGCCGUCUCUCCCCCGUCCCGCCCGACCCAUGUCACGGCGCCAUCCUCGGCGCGAGCGAGGGAACCGUCGUCGACGUCCCCAUGCGCUCCUUCCAGGGCGGGUACUAUCCGCAGCUCCUCGCGCUCUACCGCCACCUCGGCUUCACGCCUAAGCCGUCCGCGUACACGUUCUCCUUCGCCGAGCUCGGGCAGCGCGCCUACUUCACAUACGAGGGUGCGAGCGGCGCCUCCAUCCCCUCAUUACCAAGUGGCGCGUGGCGAUCCCCACUCGCCCUCACUCGCGCGCUGAUCGAGCUGCUACUCGCGGGCGUGUGCUACGUGCUCUUCCUCGCGUUGGCGUUUGCAAUCUGGCACUCCCUGCUGCCGGAGCGUCUGCAGAAGGCGCCCUUUGGUGCCGUCAUCGACGCAGCUGCCGAGAAGAUCGACAAGCCCCUCCGUCUCCUGCCCCGCACACGGCUCGGCGGGCCGUUCCGCCGCUUCGUCUCCCGCCUCGUUAUUCCCCUCUUCUCGGCCGUCGGCACCAUGACGGUCCCCGAUGUGCUGGCGGCGCCCGCAGAGCCGCUGCUCGACUACGUCCACGCCGGCGUCGGCACAGCGCACUACUCCCUCGGGGCGAUCAGCUCGCGCGACGUCGCCAUGGCGCUCGCGUCCCCGCCCGAUCUCCGGCUGCGGCUGGGCAUCUCGGUCGACUCGAUCAGAUACUCUGCCGGCAAACUCGUGCUGGGCUUGGACGGGAGGGAGGAGACGUUUGACCGCGUUGUGCUCGCCACGGAGGCUAGUGCUUCCUUGAAGCUGCUCGAGAGCCUCGAGUUCGACAUGACGCUGGCGGGCAAGGGACGCGAUCGCGGCCGGAUUAGAAGGAUUCAGAAGAUCAGGAAGGAGGUGCUCCGCAGUGUGACCUAUCGGGAGAGUAUCGUCGUGACGCACACUGAUGCCGAAUCUGUAACUCCGCCGGGAGACGGGCGGAUGAUCAACCUCGUCCUCCCCCCCUCGUCCAAGGGGGCGAGUGUCUGGCCCCGUGCCGCCUAUGAGAAAGCCGAUGGCAGCAACAAGGGGUUAGAAGCACCCCACUUCGCCCCCGAGGCGGGCUACAUCAUGGCGACGCACGAGACGCGUGGCGUGCUGCAGACGACCAACCCGAUCUGCCCCAUCUCAGCCAGCAAAGUGUUGGGCGUGGCAAGGAUGGAGCGCGCGCUGCCAUUCAACUCGGACGCAUUGCUGUCGCUGCUCACGCACCAGCCUGUGCCCUCCUCCUCGACUCCGCAGACAUACCACGCGCGCGCGAAUGGAUCUGGAUCCUCGCCCGAUCCCUCCCCUCCCUCGUCCCUGUCCAAGUCCACGUCGCUGUCACGGAGCAACUCAGCAGCCUCCACGCUCUCCCGCACCGGAUCUCUGAAGGAGAAGAGCGCAGAGGAGGAAGAAGACCUCGUGCAUCUCGUGGGGAGCUAUGCGUACCCUGGCAUUCCGCUACUGGAGGGAUGUGUAGGCAGCGCGAGACGGGUCGCGAGGGAGAUUCUGGGGAGGGAGCCGGAGGUGGAUUGGGAUGCUGCAAGGGGUGGGAUUGUGGGGAGGGCUUGGAGGUGGAGGAGGCGGGCGAGGGUUGGUGGUGUGCUUUAG